AUGAUUAUUCCAUUCAUACUGUCCGUCAUUGCCGGCGCUCUCUUUGUCUUUCUUGUCAACUAUGGCUGGAGGUUCCUCGUCUACAUUGGCCGCGGCCUGCGCAGCUCCUGGCCGACAAAAUAUCAACCUGCUCACGACCCCAAGGACAACCACGUUCAAAUUCUCGUGCUGGGCGAUAUUGGACGGAGCCCGCGCAUGCAGUACCACGCCAUCAGCAUCGCCAAGCAUGGCAAGAAGGUGGACAUUAUUGCUCUCAAAGAAACGGCCCGCCAUCCUGAACUCAUUGGCAAUCCCAAUGCCACACUCUAUCCUCUCGAUCCUCUCCCCGAGUGGCUCGCGUGGAAUAAUUUGAGCUUCUUCAUUCAGAUUCCUGCCAAGGUUAUUCAGCAGUUCUGGACUCUGUUUAAGACUAUGAUGUACACCGCGCCUGCCGCUGAAUGGAUCAUCAUCCAAAACCCCCCUUCAAUACCGACUUUUCAUGUGGCUCUAUUUGUUGCUUGGAUGCGCGGAAGCAAAGUCAUCAUCGACUGGCACAACUAUGGCCACACCAUCCUCGCGCAGAAAGGCAAGCUCUACGCGCCUCUUGUGCCACUCUACCGUUGGUACGAAUUCUUCCUUGGGCGCAGACUUUGCAACGUCAAUCUUGCCGUCACGGACGCCAUGGCCAAGCAGCUGCAGAUGGGCAAAUUCGGGCUGGGAAAGCCCGUCCACACUCUGCAUGACCGCCCCGCCGCCAUCUUCGAGCCCAUUACUUCCCGCAAAGAGCGGGAGGAGGUACUCAUGCGCAUUCCCGAGACCCGUUCUCAAGCCCAGGACAUUCUCGACGGCAACGUCCGUCUGAUUGUCAGCAGCACCUCUUGGACUGCCGACGAGGACUUUGGCAUCCUCCUCAGCGCUCUCGUCGCAUACGCUAGCCCUCGUGAGGUGGACGAUGAAAGCGAGCCCGCCUCACCCAUUCUCGCCAUCAUCACCGGCAAGGGCCCUCAAAGACAAAUAUAUCUGGACAAGAUCAAGGAGCUCACCGACGGCGGUCAGCUCCCUGGCAUCAAGGUCGUCUCUGCUUGGUUGUCCAACCGCGACUAUGCUCAGCUCUUGGCGGCCGCCGAUCUCGGCAUUUCCCUGCACAAGUCUUCAUCUGGAGUCGAUCUGCCCAUGAAGGUUGUCGACAUGUUUGGUGCUGGUCUACCUGUUGCGGCCUACUCCAAGUUUGAGAGCUUCGGCGAGCUCGUCAAAGAGGGCGUCAAUGGUUGCGGCUUCGAGAGUGCUUCUGAGCUUCAUAUUCUUUUCAAGAGGUUGUUGGCCAGCGACGGCGCCGACGAGCUCGCCACCCUCAAGAAGGGAGCCAUCAAAGAGGGCUCCUUACGCUGGGACGAAGAAUGGAAUCGUGUUGUUGCACCACUUGUUGGUCUGGGAAAGGAGUAG